AUGGCGUCCUUCGUCAACCUUGUGUUAGAUUUGAAUGAGCCACAACUUAUUUACAUUACAUCCAUUGUGAUGAUAGUUACAGCAGUUAUCGUUGCUUUUUGCUUAAUUUUUUUAAAAGCCGAAUAUGGACGAUAUUUCUCAGCGAGUUCAUCGCAAAAGUACGGAUUUGGAGUGAACCCCAAAAUUGCUUGGUUUGUUCAAGAAUUACCAGCCUUUGUUGUACCCUGUGUGUUGCUCUUUUUCGCUCGCAAAGACGUCUUCGGAUUAACGCCGAAUGCAUUUCUUCUCUUAUUAUACUUCACACAUUAUACUCACAGGUUAGUAAUAUGUACGAAAAUGUUCCAGCCAGUAAUAAUUCCCACAAUUCCAAAUUUUAGUCUUGCUGUCAGUGUUAUUACUCAACCAGAUUACAUAACCGACUGUCAAACAGUCUCUGGAAAGAUGCGGAAUAACCUCAUACUUAUUUGCUUCUCGUUAAAUAACAAGAAAAUUGUGAAUUUGUUAUUUGUCUUGUUCUUUUAAAGCUCUGAAAUUAAUUUUCUGAAAUCCUGGACUUUAAUUACUAUUAAUAAUUUUUACUAUUAAUAUUAAUAAAAUUAAUAUUAUUUUUUUUAGCUUCAGACUUACCUAAGAGCCCUUUCUCUACCCUAUGGCAAAAAAAUUUGGGGUAAUUUUUUAUUUGCACUUGAAAAUAUUGCACCCUCUAAGUUCAUUGACAAAAUUUCAGGAGGAGUCACAAAAGGCUUUUUAAAAAAUGAACAAGAAUCACUUCGUGAAUUUUACCGGGGCCACUUUUGUCUUGGCAACCAACGUGGAAGGGUCGUUCUCAUCAACAAGUUUGUCAGGCGACAUGAAAAUCUUUUUUAUUGCAAAUAUUCCUUAGAGAUGAAAAGAAGGUGUAAUGAAUAAUGUGAAAAGAGAAAAUGUCAGGGAAUCCCCCAUUCUGAACAGAUGAGAGUUUUCGCAUGUCGCUAACGUAAAUAUUGCGUGACAAAGGUUAUGUGAAACAGUCUUUUUUGGUUUUUCAUUAGUUAAAGCAGUGAUAGACUUUCUUGUAAUGAGUCUUAAUUAUUUGUUGGCCAAUAUUUGACAAAGUUUCCUGUAGCGAGUGCGAAUUGUAAGGUAUUGAAACGCACAAACAAAGUUUCGCGCAUCCAAGUUUAAUAAGUUAAGAUUUUUGUUUUGUCGUAGUGUACACAGUUCAACAGCGAAUAAGCUUUGUCAUCGUUAGGAUGAAUACUGUAACAAUAUUUUUCAUUACACAGGGAUCUCAUUUAUUGAUAAGUAGCAAAUAUAGUCGCAUUAACCAUUCCGUUCCAAAACUAAUGGAAUUAAUAUUUGGCCCUAAGCCUAUUUAAUGAAUAAUUAAUUUUCUUUGAAUUAUUUCAAUAUACUUCUAAAUCACAAAGGUAAACAAUUAUGUCCAGUAAAGGUGAGGGCAUAAAAACGCCCAAGCAAUGUGUUAAUGCAAAUAAGGAAAGAGGAAAGGGCAAGGGGAGGAGGAGGGAAAAAGUAAUUUGUUCGCAUGGCGAGUGUGUUAGAACGAAUGACUGCGUUGCAGUUCAAAGGGUUCAAUACAUUAACAUGAGUCAACUCCCAAUCCUAGGCUGUCAAGUUACGCAGUUUUUCUCACGUUUUCAGAUCGAUUACAUAAUAAUAAGAUAUUAUCUAAAGUACCUAAAAUAGGAGAAAAACAUAAAAAUUCUACAUCAACGUCUAUUAAACGAAUAAUGUGAAAAGACAAAAUGUUAGGGAAUCCCGCAUUUUGAACAGUUGAGAAUUUGCGCAUCUCGCUAACGUAAAUAUUUCGUGACAAAGGUUAUUUGAAAAUAUUUUGUUUUAUUUUGUUUUCUUCAUAAGUCAAAGCAGUGAUAGACUUCCUCCUAAUGAGUUUUAAUUGUUUGUCGGAAAAUAUUUGACGAAGUUUCCUGUUAAACAAAGCUUGGCGCAUGCAAGUUUAAUAAGUUAAGAUUUUUUCUUUGUCAUAGUGUACACAGUUCUACGUCGACCAAGCUUUGUCAUCGCUAGGAUGAAUACUGUAACAAUAUUUUGCGAUAGACAGGGAUCUCAUUUACUGAUAAGUGGUAAAUCCAUUCCGUGUGCAAACUAACUGAAUUAAUAUUUACAUGGUUACAGUUGUUGCUCCCUACUUCAAAUUUCUGAACCAGCGAUAUAUCUCAGCGAACACUCCCAAAAGUAACGAGCCAGCGAUAUAUCUCAGUCAGCGAUAUAUCCCUAACAAUGUAACUUUGAAAACACAGAAAGGCGUUGCAUUUUAUGACCGGUGCCAGCCUUCGGCUAGGCCCCGGUAAUAACAACAACUGACAUCAGAGCCUGUCUCUCCAACCCUUUUCGCUGUUCUCAUUUUCAGAUCUUUGAUUUAUCCCUGGCUCAUCAAAGGUGGCAAACCAACCCCUAUAUUGCUCUCAUCCAUGGCUUUUGUCUUUUGUAUGUUAAAUGGCUACCUACAGGCAAGAUACUUGAGUAAAUUUGCUUUUUACAAGAAUUCUUGGCUGUCAAGUCCCAUCUUUAUCAGUGGGGUGGCAUUGUUUGUCACAGGCAUGGCAAUUAAUAUUCACUCUGAUCACACUUUACGUAAUCUGAGGAAACCUGGUGAGACAGGCUACAAAAUUCCAAAAGGUAAGUUUCUUUAGUUAUGUUAGAUUUUUUAGCAUUUUGAUUGCCUAGCAAAUAGCUUGUACCACUUGUGUUAUGUGAAGCUGGUGUAAAAAACAGUGAUAAUGAUUUAUAGUGAUGGGUUUUCUUAUUUCUAUGAAAUGAUGUUUCUUUUUAUCUUGCCUUUUAGUGAAAGUUUAAAAUGAAAUAAAUCCUUUUUUUUACCUUUUUCUCCUGGAUUUCACCAGCGUGAAAUAAAGUGUCCCAGUUAAUCUACACGGCUGUCUGACUUGCAUUCUGUAGAGGGUUGCCACUCGCUGGAAGUGAGCUUCACGGAAAUCUAUACUUUUUUAUGUUCUACAAGCCUGGUUCGUUUUUUAUCAAUGUUUUAUCUUUGACCAAUACUCUUUACUCUGGAAUGAAAAACAAGCACAUUUAGAGGGGUCAUGCCUUUUUUUAGUUUUUUUUUUUUUUUGAGUUUUCCUUUGAUCGGGUCAAGAUGUUUUUUUGUGCUUUCUGAUGGAUCUUACCAGCCCACUCCCUGGUAUAAAUAAUGAAUGGUCCCUUAUUACAUAAGGUGGAGUAUGUGGAAAAUAGUCUCUGCCUCAAAAGCCAAAUAAAUUCCAAUAUUUUUCGCUACUCUUCUUUUUUAAUAGGUGGUAUGUUCACUUAUGUUUCUGGGGCUAACUUCUUUGGUGAGAUUAUUGAGUGGUCUGGAUUUGCACUGGCAUGUUGGUCUCUUCCUAGCCUGGCAUUUGCAACAUUUACUGCUCUUAACAUUGGUCCAAGAGCAAUUCAGCACCACAGGUAUUUGAAAAUAAAAUUUUUGAUGAAAUUUUUCUGCACAAAAAUUUAAUAACUUGGUAUAUGCCUGGUAUAUACCAUCAUGCAUACGAAAGAGGAAAAUUUUGCGGUCACAUGUAAAUACAGUCAAAGACUGUUGAAACUCAAGAGCACAUCAUCGAAAAACAUAAUACAUGAAUUGAUGAAUUAUAUAAAAGAGAAACGAUUGUGGUGAUGACGUACCUUUUGGUUUGACCAGCAGUUUUUGCAAUACCAAGUUGUUUUCACUGUUGUUUGUCUGCUGAUUUUAUUUCAUACCUAAAUGUUUUUGUUUUGCUUUGUAGAUGGUAUUUGGACAAGUUUGAGGAUUAUCCAAAGUCUCGACGUGCUCUUAUCCCAUUUGUCUUAUGAAGACCAAAUGAAAGGGCAAGGCACAAAACAAGAAAGGAGAGAAAUCCAUAGCCUGCGUAGCAAGCAUUUCCAAGGAAUGACAAGGAACGGGAUAAUUGAUUUUAGCCUUUUUUUCGUGGGGUCUUGUUCCUCGUUCUUUGCCCUGAAACCGCACGGAAAUGCUUGCUACACAGGCUAAGAAAUCAAAACAAUCGUGUGAUUGACAAAAAUAAAAUUUAGAUAGAUUUUCUCAAUUUAUUUAGCUGUUGCAACUAAUGUAUUAAAAACGUGGCAGAAAAAAAACAAGGAUAACGACAUUGGUACUGUUCUUGUUUUCAUACAGGCACCAUUUCUUUUAAGGGCAGAGGAAGAGGAAGUGCAAGGGGAGAAAAGGAGAGGAGCUGGCCUCCUCUCCCCUUUGCAUGUUCUGCUCGCGCGUCCUGUAAUAAGAUAAUAAUUUAUUGGUUUCCAAUUGUCAAUUUAUUUUUUUGUUGCGUGACAGUGAAAACGAUCCAUACCCCAAAAACCCCUACCUAAAAAAAAAAGAAAAACAAACAAGCCACUCAAAAAAAUACCUGCCAUAUUUUCCUACCCCAAAAAGUCCCAAAAAGAUCCUUUGAUCAUCCAUAUAGUUCUGAACACGCGAGUUUCAGAAGUUCACGGAAGUACACCACGCGUUCAUGCUUCAUUGGAAACCGGCCCUUAGAAACCAAUGAAAACGUUGCGUGAAAUCGAGGCAAAUUGUUCGAAAUCUGCCGCCAUAUUUGCACGGUAUGCUGAAAGAAUGUGGCCAUGAACUGUGUUUAUCUUUCUGAAACUGUCUUUCCCCGUUGAGUAAAGGAGUAUGGUAGAGUUCAAUGGCUUCAUAUCUGA